UCCACUGUAACCAGCUAGUAUUCAGUUUACUUUCUGUGGUACUACAUCAACUUAUGUUUCUAUUCCACACCAACAAACAAAUGUCAAUAUGAAGGAUCGGAAUUUGUGUUACAGAGACAGUGUUUCCUGUGCUUAGAAAACAGUGUGAAUGUGAUUCUUAACAUGUGUUGAUUUGAAGUGGACAAAUCUUGUGCAAAUUUUGUACACAACAAUGGACAUUAGAAGGUUAUCGUUAAUGACAACCUUUAUGGCUGUGAUAAACGUAUGUACCUGCGCCAAUAUCCUGAUGAUAACGAUGGGCGGAACGAAGUCUCACAAGAUUCCCUUCUGGGAAUUGGCCAGAGGACUCAUUCCCAGAGGUCACAACAUCACCUUCAUUAGCGCAUUCCCUUCAGAUUUCCUCAUGCCUGGCUUGGAAGAAAUCACGCCGACGAGUUUCGUCUUCUAUGUGAAGAAUUUCACGAAUUGGGACUUGGUGGGGGCCAAAAUUAGGGGAGAAGAACCCGUGCAUCCAUUCGAUAUGGUCAGAUACGCUUAUGAGGCUUGUGAUGUACUUCUUUCAGAUCCCGAAACGAAAGACUUGUUGUAUCCCCAACAAAGCUUCGACAUGUUGAUUCUUGAUGGAGCGUACCCGGAAUGCGGAUUAGGAUUCGUCAAUUAUUACAAUGUGCCUUUCAUGUACAUAAACACAGUUGGAUUUUACACAGGCUCGCUUUCAUUAGCCGGUAAUCCGUCUCCUUAUUCCGUGACACCGUUUCUUGCAAGACCUUUUACUGAUUCGAUGAACCUGCUACAAAGAACAAUAAACACGUUGUGGCAUAUGGUGGCCAACGCUUUACACUCUUUUAUGGUGAGGACUAUGAUACAGACAGUCGUGAGGAAACAUUUUGGUCCAGACGUUCCUCUGGUGUAUGAUAUUUCCAGAAACGUUAGUUUCAUUCUGCAGAAUGCACAUGCCACAGUUAGCUACCCAAGGCCGUAUUUACCCAAUGUGGCAGAGAUUGCGUGUAUUCACUGCAAAAGAGCCAAGGCAUUACCUGAUGAUUUAGAAGAAUUUAUAAAAGGCAGUGGCGACGCAGGCUUCAUCUAUUUCAGCAUGGGUUCCUCUGUCAAAGCAGCGAACAUGCCCGAGUACCUAAGAAGAAUGCUCAUGCGAGUCUUCCGCCAGCUUCCUCAACGAGUGUUGUGGAAAUACGAAGCCGACGAAGACAUGCCGGAUCUUCCCGCGAAUGUGAAACUUGGACGAUGGUUACCUCAACAAGAUAUUUUAGGUCAUCCGAAAAUUCGAGCAUUCGUUACUCAUGGAGGAUUAUUAAGCAUGUUCGAGACUGUGUACCAUGGAGUACCUGUUGUUUCUCUGCCGGUGUUUUGUGAUCACGACUCCAACGCCGCUAAGGCAGAAAUUGACGGAUACGCCUUGAAACUGGACUUGUCGACGAUUACGACAGAGUCGUUAACAUGGGCUAUUAAAAAGGUCAUACAUGACCCUAAAUAUAGGGAAGAUGUCAAGAGAAGGCAGUUCCUGUUGAGGGACCAGAAGGAGACUCCGCUGGAAAGAGCGGUUUACUGGACAGAAUAUGUCCUGAGGCACAACGGUGCCAAACAUUUGCAGUCCCCAGCUAAAAAUAUGGGGGUUAUUCAAUAUUAUUUAUUAGAUGUAGCGUUUGUUAUGUUUUGUUGUACAUAUCUGUUUUGGUACUUGAUGAAAAUUGCUUUCAAGGUACUGUUCAGUGUGUUGUCAGGUAGUUUGAGUUUUAACUUAUUUAGGAAAAAUAUCAAAAUAGACUAAAUGCUGGAGAAACGUGUGUAAAUAUGUAUCUAAAUGUUGUGUAUUUUCUGUAAAAAUAGAAGUGUUACUUACUGUGAGUCUGACGAUAUUCGUUUUGUUAUACUUCUGUAUGUUAAUUUAUUUAGUUUGUACUUGGCACACUUUAAACAAUAUACAGUGUGUCUCAACGGUUUGGCGACAGAAGCUUAUGCACUCCUGAUAAAUAUUAUUUUUCGCAGUUAUAAUUUGUGUAUAUAUUAGUUAGUAGAGAAGUUAUAAUUGUAUUCAAAUAAGUAUACACACCUUUUCUUUAAAAUUUAUACAUCGAAGUUGCAUUUCUAGCAUGUAACAGACCAUUGGCUUUUGCAACUUUGGAUUUCUGUAAAACAAAAUUAAAAAAGUGAUUUCUGUCACAAACGUUUCUUAGUCAACAGUUUUCAACAAAUUUACAUUUUUUGUAAAAAAAUUGUGAUAUUUAAAAAUAUUCUCAGUUGUGUCACAUUUAAAAAUAAAAGUUUCAGACUUUUUAAUCACGUCUGUACGUAUUCAAACUCUCAGUUCUCUCAUGUUUAUCAGAUGGGACACAUGUACUUCGUAACAUUUUCGAACUUGAUGCUAGGUAAGUUUUUUUUCGACAGUUAUCAGGUUUCGAGGGGUUUACCCUAACAAUGAUUUCAAAAAUAUAAUUUUCAAAUCAAAAUUCUUUAUACAAAUGAAAAUAAGUUCAAUUCUUCAAUUUUUUAUAAGUUUAUCAAGAUAUUUCUAGUAGGACAACUUCUGAUCUUUAAGCUCAUCUUUAUGCAUUUUUUUUUGCUACGACCAGAUAUCAGAUUUCUUGGGGUUCCCAAUUUUCUAAACUCCCAGAAAAAAAUUUAAACUAGAUUUAUUAAUUAUAAUGGUGCUUACCAGGCUCCGAGGUCUGGUUGUUGCGAUAAUGGUCAUCCACUCAAUCCUCGUUUCGGGUUCUCCUUGAAGUGGAAAACCAUCUCCUGCUAGAACAGCAAUUUUCCCCAUUUGUCUUCGUUCUAGCACGAUAUUGCCCCCCGUAUCCAACUACCACCGUGAGAAAUAGAGGGGUCAUGAUUUCGCAACUAAGAAUUAUAAAAUAUUUGUUGCCAUGACAAUAUUAUUGCUAGAACAAAUCACGACAAAAUCGCUAUCGACAGCAAGCUUACUUCGAAACAGCUUGGACUAUUUUGGAAAAAAUAAGAUGUCCUACUUCAAAAUCAUGAAUAAGCUGCCAAUUUGUUAAUUCUGUAUAAGUAAGUUCGAAUCCUGUUCUAUUGUCAGCAAUCUGUUGAUAAAAAAGUCUUAUAUCAAAUAUAUAUUUCAUUUAAGUAUAACGAAUCUAAA